AGGUGUUCUGGGAGGGACGGAGUGAAGGAGGGGCUCCAGGCGGCUCACCCAGCGGCAGACAGAGGAGGAAGACACACACAACACCGCCAUUCGCCGCUCACUGUCCGGUUGUCCGGGUGAAAAUGUCCACGAUUCAAACGCUGAGGGCUUUUGUUAACGAGCGACUGACUGCGGCUGUAGAAGAGAUCUUCGGGCUCCUGGAAGCAACCAUAUCAAACUACGAAGAGGAGAUUUAUCGCCAGCGCCAGCUGCUGGAGCAUGUUAUCGUACCUGACACCCCCAGAAACAAAGAAGAUGUCCAGAAACUGAUUGUCAGAAAAGAAGAGCAGCAGGAGUGGAGGCCCAGUAUGGACCGGGAGGAGCCAGAGCCCCGACACAUUAAAGAGGAACAGGAGGAACUCUGGAGCAGUCAGGAAGGAGAGCGGCUCCGAGGACUGGAGGAAGACGACAGCAAUAAGUUCCCAUUCACUGCUGUCUCUGUGAAGAGUGAAGACGAGGAAGACAAAGCUCAGUCCUCACAGCUUCAUCCGAGACAAGCCCAGGAGAGCCAAGAGGCGGAGCUUCCAGCCUGUGGCUCCGCUCAACAGAUGGAAACAGAAACUGAAUCGUUAUACUGCUGUCAAUCCGAGACUGAGGACAGUAAUGAUGAUUGGAAGGAGACUAAAGAACAAGAGUCGGGUUCAGACACCCUGAAAAACGAAAGCACGGUGAAUCCCGAUCAGUCCCACGCCCACGAGAGACCAUUUAGUUGCACAGUUUGUGACAAAAGAUUUGGCUGCAAAGGGAAUCUGCACGCCCACAUGCGAAGCCAUACAGGGGAAAAGCCGUUCACCUGCUCAGUUUGUAACAAAGGCUUCAGCGCAAAGGUCAAUCUGAAGACUCACAUGAGAAGUCACACCGGGGAGAAACCGUUCAGCUGCUCCAUGUGUAGCAAAAGCUUCAGUCAGAAGAAGACGCUUGUUAUACACUUGAGAAGUCAUACAGGGGAGAAACCGUUUAGCUGCUCGUUCUGUGGGAAACGUUUCAGUGAGAAGGGAACGUUGAAGAGGCACAUCAGAGUUCACACAGGAGAGAAACCAUACAGUUGCAGCAUUUGUGGAAGGAAUUUUAGUUUGCUGUCGCAUGUAAAAAGCCACAAGUGUGCUGGUGUGAGCAGUAACACGUGAAUCUGCCUGGUUUUGUGUUCUCAGACGUGAUAUUUGGGUUUAUGCUGCGUUCAUGCCAACAUGCGUUUGGAAACGAAAGCAUGCAAGAGUGCAGUGGGGGUCAGCCCUAUGGUCCCACAGCCCAAUGGUCCCACAGCCCAAUGGUCCCACAGCCCUAUGUUCCCAUAUUUCUAAGAAUUUUUUUCACUGAAAA